ACUGGUCUUGGUCCCGUGUGCGGCAAGGCCAAGGCCAACCCGGCUGUCUCUCCUCUCCUCUCCUGCUCUUGACUUCCAUUUCCAUCCCAAUUCCCACCACUGACCUGACCGCCCGCACGCCGCCCUUGGCCUCGAUCACAUCAUCCCUCCGCUCCACUUUUGCCGCCGUCCUCCGUCUCCCUCCCCCCGCGUCCAAAUCCAACCAUCCCCACCGCGCGCCUCCGCCAUGGAUCCCUUCCACCACCUCAACAGCUCCUUCUCCAAUCCCUACCACCCGCUCCUCUCCCCGUCGCCGCCGCACUUUCCCCUGCCGCCCCCGCCCCCGCAGCUGCCCUCCGUCUCCGCCGCCUCCAGCGCGAGCCUCGAGCGGGAGCGCCUCCCGCAGUGGUCCCACGCCGAGACGGCCGCCUUCCUCGCCGUGCGCGCCGACCUCGAUCACUCCUUCCUCACCACCAAGCGCAACAAGGCGCUCUGGGAGGCCGUCUCCGCGCGCCUCCACGCGCAGGGCUUCGCGCGCACCCCGGACCAGUGCAAGUCCAAGUGGAAGAACCUCGUCACCAGGUUCAAGGGCACCGAGGCCGCCGCCGCCGCCGCCGCGGCCGACCCGGCCUCCGCGCAGCAGCAGCAGCCGAGGCCGCAGUUCCCGUUCCACGACGAGGUGCGGCGGAUAUUCGACGCCAGGGCCGAGCGCGCGCAGGCAUUGGAGAGGAAGAGGGCCAAGGGCAAGGGCGUCCGCACGGCGGCGGCGGCGGCGCUGGACGACGAAGGCGCCGGCGAGGGGGACGACGCCGCCGAUGUUGACGACGACGAAGAGGACGAGGACGAAGAGGCCGCGGCGGGCGACGAGGAGGCCGGCGGGGGCCUGCCUGCUGCGGCGGACGCGGGCGGCAGGGCCGGCGCGAAGAAGCGCAGGCGGAAGCAGGCGCGCGCCGCCGCCGCUAGGGCCGCGGCGGGGCAGGGCGAGGUGGAGGCCAUGCUGCGGGAGUUCAUGCGCCGGCAGGCCGAGAUGGAGGAGCGCUGGGCGGAGGCCGCCGAGGCGCGCGAGGCCGAGCGCCGGGCGCGCGAGGAGGAGUGGCGCGCCGCCAUGGUCGCGCUGGGCGAGGAGCGCCUCGCGCUCGUGCGCCGCUGGCGGGAGCGCGAGGACGCCCUGCGCGCGCGCGCAGAGGAGCGCGAGGAGCGCCGCCACCAGCUCGUCGCCGCGCUGCUCGCCAAGCUCGGCGGCGCCGACUGCUGACGUGUCGUGCUGCGUCGAUCGGCAUGCAUGAUGCAUCAUCCAUCGAUCGAUGGUCUCCCUCGCGCGCGCGCGCCACGCGACCAGCUCGUCCAUCCGAAUCGGCGAAUCCUUCGACCCCCCGCCCACCGAUAAUUAUUGAGAUCAUAAUGACGGGCAAGUGACAUCAACUUAUCGUGUUUCCGUGACCUAAUAGUAUAUAUCUAUAAGCAUAUAUAUACGUCCAACUAGCUAGCCUUUUUCUGGGCAUCAUGUCGUGUUCACUGUUCACCUUUGAUGAGCGCGCUCAUGUUGAGUGUUCACAAUGGCAACGGGCAAUCAGAGGAAACGUCGCUUGUCAGUAUUUGCUUGGCUUUAGCCUCAGCCCGACACAACGAAUGGACGUACGUCUUGUGAUAAUAAUUUUCUGGCCAUUUGAUCGGUUAACGACGCUGCAGUCUGCAGCUGUAUCAGUAUAAUUAUCCUUUUUAUAAAAAAAAUUCCAACUUGGUUAUCAACUCUAUAUAUUGUGGAUUCAGCUAAUUAGCUUGUGUCCAUGCAUGCCUUUAUAUAUGCACAUGCAUCUGCUAGUGCCUGUGGUGUGUGAGGAACUCACGCUCUCCUGAUGUCAGUCUGAUUUUAUACUUUGAUCUGAUGAAUACUUGAUGAUGGAUAUUUUGUGGUUACUAAUUGUAGACUAGCCUCCUAAUUUCGUACUAGGUAGCUAGCAGCAAGUAGCAGCUGCAAAAGGAUACUACAGUGCCAGUUUCUUGGCAGUAUAUAUAUAUAUGAAAGAUGAACCCUAGCCUAGCCUAGCCUGGUGUACUCGGGUCUCGGGGUGCGGUGUGGCUGCAAAUCAGUAAACUAAAGCCAUCUUGGUGGUACGGCGUAUGGAAACAAACUCAACAUAUCUAAUGAUCCAGCAAGCAAGCACAGUAGUUAAUUAUUCGCAUGCAUGAUUCGAUCGCCGGUCAAUAUCCUGCCCUAGCUGCUACUGGCUAGUGUGAAGUCAAGGGACGCGUACGUACGUCCAAAAUCUAGACGGAGACCGGCCGCUUGACGCGCAAACGAUAUAAAAAUAUUUUAACAGAUGUUCUUCGGUGUAACACCCCAACCCUCCUAGACCGGCACUCUUGCUUACAUCUGCCAGGCCUUCAGAAUCAUAUAUCACUUUCACAUAUCAACCUAUGCAUCCAGAAAAACUUUUCGGUUGGUCACCUAUUCUAAAAUUGCUCUAUGUCAAAUAUAUUUAAUCUCGACGUUCUUUCAUUACAGGUUUCUGAAAAAAAGAUACACCUUAUUUAUAUUAGUACUCUAUUAAUUUUAUUAAAAUUUG